UACAUCAAUGCUUGCAGCUAUACAUGGAGACAAUGCAAGAUCUUGAUACAACUAUGUGUGUUGUGAUGGAUCUUUCGCUAGUCGAUCUGGCUGCCAGUCUCUACCACUUUCUCCGGAGAAGAUCCAAAGAACUCCCAAGGAUGGAACCUGAAUGUUUACUUAUGGAUAGAAUCAGCAAUCUGCCUUCAAGUCUCGUACAAACCAUCCUCACUCUAAUGCCGAUACGCGAUGCAUUUAGGACCAGCAUUUUGUCUCGGAACUGGAGACACCGUUGUGUAAACUUACCUAAACUUGAGUUUGAUGACAGACUGCUAUCUAUCUAUAGCCAAUUAUCCAUCAAGUGUAAAGUUGUGCAUGCUAUCUAUACGGUGUUGUUACUACACCGCGGUCCGGUUCUUGAAUUCUCUCUUUGUGUUUCCCAACUACCAAGUUGUUGUGAGAUUGACCAGAUUAUAAUGCAUCUUGCAAACAACACCACUGUUGAGAAGUUUAAUCUUGUCAUUGGGUUGGGUCAUUCUGCUGCCUAUAAGUUACCCAGUUCCUUCUUUUCUUUGAAGAGGUUAACACAUAUAAACCUCAAGAACUGUGUUGUUCAGCUUCAAUCAACCUCUUUUAGGUUUGAGAGGCUCACAAGCUUAUGCUUUCAUAAUGUCAGCAUCACCAACAAAAUGCUUAUAUGUUUCAUAAGUUGCUGCCCUAUACUCAAGAGCCUUACUCUGAUUGGAGAGGAAAAGCAUUUUGUGGGAAGUGAUCAGUAUUCUGCUCUUGUUCAGCUAUUCCAGUUAUUGCCUUUGAUUGAGCAUUUGGAGAUGAAUUGUUGUCCGGUCAAGUGUUUUACUUCAGGUGUUAUCCCGCAGAGCCUCCCGAACAAGCUAGUCCAUCUUAGAGCUCUUGUAUUACAUGGAUUGUCCUUUGGGAAAGAAGAUGAGCUACGUUUUGUUCUUCUCUUGGUUACUAGCUCUCCAAAUUUAAAGAAAAUAAAAAUGGAGAUGACCUACAGUUCAACAGAAGCAAUAUCACAAACUGCUAUGAACCUUUUUGACUUGCAAAACUACUCGAAUGUUAAGUUGGAUCAUCUCCAUGACUUGGAGAUUACAAACUUUAGUAACAUGAAGCCUGGAAUGGAUUUUUUGAAGCUUAUAUUGGCAAAGUCAUUUAUGCUAAAGAAAGUUAGAGUGGUGAUUAACAAUAAUAUAUCUGUUAAUGAUGAAGUAAAGAUGCUAAGAGACUUGCUAUGGAAUCCAUGUGCAUCUGCUGGAGCACAAAUCAAGGUUGAGCGCGCAUGACUUUGGGUUAAUCACGUCGGCUUUUACUGAACUUGUUUUGGUUGUGUGAUGUCUUUUGGGUUGUUUAUUUUCUACCUUUAAAGUUUAAACUUAUUGUGUUUGUAGCAUGUGUUUUGAACUGAAUCAAAGCCAUUAG